UCGAAGAAAGGAGAUUGUCGAAUAUAUCUCACCAAAAUGGGACUUUUCGACUUGAUGGCAGGACGUUUAGCCGUACCAACACGGUCCUCCAUUCCAACAGUCCCACGACUGACUGGACAGCGGUCGUGGCCUCCCACAGGAACGCAAAAGAAAAGAGGUCUUGCUACGGCAGGGCACUACAAAACACCAAAGCCUUUCAACGAGCCUAAUCUUCAUUACACCCCAUCGUCACCAGAACGACAAAAGCUGAUUGUAGCAUUGAGCGAAUUGCGAACAAAAAUCCCCCUUCAGGUGCCCAGCAUCAAGAAUGGGGUGGAGGCUGAGACCAAAUCGAAUGCAGAGGUCUACUUUCCCUCCGACAACUCAUCGGUUUUUGCCAAGUAUGCCACCGCAAAUGAAGAGGACAUCUCUUCCGCCAUUGAGGCAGCCUUGAAGGCCAAACAGGCGUGGCAAGAUACUCCAUUCACAGACCGAGCUGCAAUUUUCCUGAGAGCAGCGGAAUUGGUAUCCAAGAAAUACCGCUUCGAAUUGAUGGCCGCGACAAUGCUUGGACAGGGCAAAAAUGCGUGGCAGGCCGAAAUCGACGCCGCGGCCGAGCUCGCGGACUUUUACCGGUUCAACGUCUCUUACGCGGAAGAAAUCUAUUCUAGGCAGCCUACCUUGAAUGAGAAAGGUCAAUCAGGGCGCACCGACUGGCGUCCUUUGGAAGGCUUUGUCUACGCAAUCUCACCAUUCAACUUUACUGCCAUCGGUGGAAAUUUGAUUUCCGGCCCAUUGCUUCUGGGCAAUGUCGUGGUCUGGAAACCAUCUCCGUACAAUGUCUACGCGAGCUGUCUGGUAUACAAGAUCUUGCUCGAGGCCGGCUUGCCACCAAAUGUUCUUCAAUUUGUCAAUGGCGACGCGGAAGCGAUCACAAAGGUGGCUUUGUCACACCGAGAGCUAUCCGCCAUCAACUUCACCGGGUCCUCAGACGUGUUCCGUGGCCUUUACGGAAAGAUCGCCGACGGCGUCAAGGAGAAGAAGUAUCGUGAUUUUCCACGACUGGUCGCCGAGACUUCGGGAAAGAACUUCCACCUGGUCCACCCCACCGCAGACAUCAGCAACGCCGUCAAGCACACAAUCCGGGCCUCUUUUGAGUACGCUGGUCAAAAAUGUUCUGCUUGCUCUCGUAUCUACAUACCCCAGAGCAAGGCAGACCAAUUCUUCUCCGAAAUCAAGGCCGAGCUGAGCAACGUCAAGGUGGGACCGCCCGAAGACUUUGAAAGCUUUACAGGACCUGUGAUCAACCAAGCGGCGUUUACCAAGAUUUCAAAGGCCAUCGACGCUGCGAAUCAAGACGGUCAACUUGAGCUUAUCGUUGGCGGUCACCACGAUUCGACCAAAGGCUUUUAUAUCGAGCCCACCAUCUACAACGCAAGGACACUGGAUCACCCUCUUUUUGACCAAGAGCUGUUUGGCCCUGUUCUGGUUGCUUAUGUCUAUCCCGACGCCGAAUUCGAUGCUCUCCUGGAGACCAUCGACAAACAAGGCGGCGGGUUCGCUCUCACGGGCGCCAUCUUCGCCAAUGACCCGGCCGCAAUCCGAAAGGCCGAGAACCGGCUGCGCUAUGCGGCUGGCAACUUCUACACCAACUGCAAGACGACCGGUGCUGUAAUCGGCCAACAGUCUUUCGGAGGUGCAAGAAGCAGUGGUACCAAUGACAAGGCGGGGAGUGCAAACAUGCUGAUGCGCUUCACGGCACCUCGCACUUUGAAAGAGGAGUACAAUACGUUGGAUUCUGUUCUGUACCCGAGCAACGCCUAGAUUUGGGG